AUGUGCCCUACCAUUGUUGCUUCCGAGUCGCAUGAUGCUUUAUCUUUUGUGGGAACCAUCAGCAGAAUUAUGCAGCCACAGGAGAACAAGGUUAAGGCAGCAAAGUGGGCUGAACCAUUCCUAGGGACAAUUGGAACGAAACGGAUCCCAACUGUGAAGGAUAAGUUGGUGGUGGUAACACAUAUACGGUCCCUGAGUGCAACUGCUGUGGAAGCUUAUGAGACCUCAAAGACAGCAAUAAUAGCUCACAUAGUUCUGGUACAAAAGAAUGAUGGAUUCCUACUUUCAGGGCAUAGAGGCUGGGUCAGCUGGGAGGAAAAUGAAGUUAAUUGGGCUGCUGAUGUGUUUAAAGGGUCUUCUCCUAAAAAUGCAGCUGCAAAACUCACCUGGGUUACAUUGAUUAGUAUGCUAUGGGGGCAGGGGUGUAAGAUUGUUUAUGCUGUUUGCAAUGUGGAAAGGUUGCUGACGGAAGUGAAGAAGGAAGUUUGCAUUUUGUUCCCUGAUGCAGCAGGAAUGAAGUUAUGGUUAUGGAGGCUGUAA